AUGCCCGGCCCGCAAUUGACCUCUCUCUCCCUCCCAGGAGCGCGCCGAGGCCGCCUGCGCGCCCUCCGGGAUCGGCCCCCGGGCCCGCGCCCGCCGCCGCCGUGGAGCGAGGGACCCCACCGACCCUCCCUGCAGCUGCCGGGGCCAGGCGCUCACCUCCUGGGGUCCGGCUUCCGUCGCUCCUCCACGCUGCCCGGCGCGCCGCCGGGUUUGGAGGCUGGGGGGCCGCGGAAUCCCCGGAGGCGCGAGCCUGGGACGCGGCGGGGCCGAGCCGCGGGAAGUUGUCUGCGCGGGGCGCGGAAAGAGCGGGGCGCCGGUCACUCGCGCCCAAGUAGUCACAACUUUGCCGCCUGGGUGGGUGCGCGCUCCGGAGGGACGCGAGCGCGGGAGAGCGGGGCAAAGGCGCUGGGGCGGGAGGGUCUUCGGAGCAGGCAGCACUGGAACCUGAACGGCCCGCGAGGAAGGGGGACAAGGUGGGUCGGGGGCGAUGUCUACACGGCCCGCGUGGUGCGCGGCGAGCGAGUGUGUGAGAGCGCGGGCGUCUACUCUACUUUGCCUCCUGCAGCUCCUGCAUAUUUAUGGGGAUCUCUGAUGUUACUGCCAGUAACUAACACUGCAGCAGUGGAGCCCAGCCCGGGCGCCCCUCGGAAGCAAGCCGGGGUGCAGGGGCUCAGGGAAGGCGGCCGCGACGAAGGCUGUGCCGCGAGCGCGAGCCUGCGAUCCAUAUUUAAAGCCUAUUCAAAACUGGAAGAGAUCCAGAGAUCCAUGGUGCCUGACCAGUGCUUGGAAAGCAGCUUAGUGACGAGAAGAAUGAGCAGAAAAAUGGAUAGAACUAGAAAAACGGUGUCCUAAUAGGCAUCUAAAGAAAACAGAAAGGAGGAAAGACCUUUGUUUCGAUGACAAGCACCAUCUAGUGGCAGCAGGUGAUGACAACAUAAUGUCUCCGAGAAGAAUAAAGAUGAAAGUUUUUGAAUAGGUAGUUCAGUUGUUCCUGGUGGCAUAUAGGCAUGUCAUUCUUUGAUUCUAAAAUAAGAAGUUGUAUGUAGUAAAAUAAUGCAACCGAUUGGCCCUAUGUUGAUUAUUGAAAGUAAGGUGCAGAUCUGACCUGCAGAUAAAAUUAUUACCAUAGAAUUUUCUCAGUAUUUGUGUGACUUUGAAUAGGUCCUUAAAGAUUUCUGUAUUUAAGGUUCCUCAUUACAUAAAAUAAGAAGAGUUAUGGCUUGUCACCACAUGUUAGCUGUAAAGCACUGUGUUCAGCAAAGAGCAGGAUCCAUAAAUUUAUCAUAUUUGGGGGUUUUCACUAUUAGGAAAAAAAGGUGAAUAAUAUUGUUGGUUGUUUCUCCUGGAAUUAUACGAAAUUAUAACAUUCAUAUGCAUUUCAUAUUGGGGCCUAAACAGAAAGGUGGUAGGAGAUCUGUUAUGGCUUGUUACUAUAAACAUCGAAGACUGAUCAGAGAUGUUUCUCAAUAUCAAGUCCUUUUCAAAUACAUGGCUCAUUGGUGAAAGUCUGACCAACAUUUGCUACACAGAAUAGAGAUUUUCUUUGUACUGGUAUUUGUUUGGACUUAUUAUUGUUUUGUUAGUAAACAAUAUUGCAACAGAAUGAUCAUUAAGGUUGCCACUUUGUAU